AAGGCGGAGCGAGCCGGGCGGCGGGGCGGCCGCGCAGUGUCCGGGAUCCAGGCCUGGCGGGGGUAGUGAACGCGGCCGGCCGGCUCUGCCCGCACCGGUGUCGGCUCCCCAGCGGGGCCUCGGUCGGGUUCCCCCAUGUGACGGCGCCCCGCGGAGCCUGAGCGAGCAGCGGGUCCGUGCGGAGCCGGAGGCGGGAGGAACAUGACAUCGCGGAGAUGGUUUCACCCCAACAUCACUGGUGUGGAGGCAGAGAAUCUUCUGCUGACCAGAGGAGUCGAUGGCAGUUUUUUGGCAAGGCCCAGUAAGAGUAACCCUGGAGACUUCACUCUGUCCGUUAGACGAAAUGGAGCCGUUACCCACAUCAAGAUUCAGAACACUGGGGACUACUAUGACCUCUAUGGUGGGGAGAAGUUUGCCACAUUGGCUGAACUGGUCCAGUAUUACAUGGAGCAUCAUGGGCAGCUGAAAGAGAAGAAUGGAGAUGUUAUUGAGCUCAAGUACCCACUGAACUGUGCAGACCCAACCUCUGAAAGGUGGUUCCAUGGUCACUUGUCUGGAAAAGAAGCAGAGAAACUGCUAACGGAGAAGGGUAAGCAUGGCAGCUUUCUUGUCCGAGAGAGCCAGAGCCACCCUGGAGACUUUGUUCUCUCCGUCCGCACCGGUGAUGACAAAGGGGAGAGCAAUGAUGGCAAGUCCAAAGUGACCCACGUCAUGAUCCGAUGUCAGGAACUGAAAUACGACGUUGGUGGAGGAGAGCGCUUUGACUCUUUGACAGACUUGGUGGAGCAUUAUAAGAAGAAUCCCAUGGUGGAGACUCUGGGUACCGUCCUGCAGCUCAAGCAGCCCCUCAAUACAACUCGUAUUAAUGCUGCUGAAAUCGAAAGCCGUGUUCGAGAGCUAAGCAAGCUAGCUGAGACCACAGAUAAAGUCAAACAGGGCUUUUGGGAAGAAUUUGAGACGCUACAACAACAGGAAUGCAAACUUCUCUACAGCCGAAAAGAAGGACAGAGACAAGAAAAUAAAAACAAAAAUAGAUACAAAAACAUCCUGCCCUUUGAUCACACUAGGGUUGUCCUGCAUGAUGGGGAUCCUAAUGAGCCUGUUUCUGAUUACAUCAAUGCGAAUAUCAUCAUGCCUGAAUUUGAAACCAAGUGUAACAAUUCAAAACCCAAGAAGAGCUACAUUGCUACUCAAGGCUGCCUGCAGAACACAGUGAAUGAUUUCUGGAGGAUGGUGUUCCAGGAGAACUCUCGCGUCAUCGUCAUGACCACAAAGGAGGUGGAGAGAGGGAAGAGCAAAUGUGUCAAGUACUGGCCUGAUGAGUAUGCACUCAAAGAAUAUGGGGUCAUGCGUGUUAGAAAUGUCAAAGAAAGUGCCGCUCAUGACUACACCUUAAGAGAACUCAAGCUCUCCAAGGUUGGACAAGGAAAUACAGAGAGAACCGUCUGGCAGUACCACUUUCGGACCUGGCCGGACCAUGGUGUGCCCAGUGACCCUGGAGGUGUGCUGGACUUCCUGGAAGAGGUCCACCACAAGCAGGAGAGCAUCAUGGAUGCAGGCCCUGUUGUGGUUCAUUGCAGUGCUGGAAUCGGCCGGACAGGAACAUUCAUUGUGAUUGACAUCCUUAUUGACAUCAUUAGAGAGAAAGGUGUGGACUGUGACAUCGAUGUUCCUAAAACCAUUCAGAUGGUGCGGUCCCAGAGGUCAGGGAUGGUCCAGACAGAAGCACAGUACCGGUUCAUCUAUAUGGCCGUCCAGCAUUACAUUGAGACGCUUCAGCGCAGGAUUGAGGAGGAGCAGAAAAGCAAAAGGAAAGGACAUGAAUAUACCAAUAUUAAGUAUUCUCUGGUGGAUCAGACGAGUGGCGAUCAGAGUCCCCUGCCACCUUGCACCCCAACACCACCCUGUGCAGAAAUGAGGGAGGACAGCGCUCGAGUCUAUGAGAAUGUGGGCCUCAUGCAACAGCAGAGGAGCUUCAGAUGAACCCCACUGGCGGCAACACGCAGAUGCAAACUUUCACCCCUUCCCUUAAAAUGUCACGAAUAGACGAGAAAGUCUCCAGGACCCAUGUGUUCAGAAGCUCGCCCACCUGGGUUGUCUAACUGCCUUUUGAGAAGCGAAGUUUGGAACCAUUUGAAGAGCACGCAUCUAAUCGGCACCUCCCUUCCUCAGAUAAGGAGAAACCGCUCUGCGUUGUCAACAGUGCUGCUUUUAUAGAAUUGGCUUUGAAUUGUGGAAGCAGCUAAAUUGUGCUCUGUAUUUUACACAUUAUGGGACUCAAAUUCUAGUUAUGGGCAGGAUUUUGUUUCUUUUAAUGACCUUAACUGAUUUGAUUCUCCCCACCCCCUCUCUUUGGGGAAUCAUGGGCCCCUUGUAAGAAGAAAGGAUUUGGAAAUUCAGGAACAGCUUCUCCAAGAAGCCAACAGUCUGUAAACCACUGCUCAUUUUACACUGGCCAGGGGUUGCUUAGGGCUGCCCAUCAUCACAGAUUCGCUGUUCAGUUCCAGGGACUGGGAGACCAGGCUGUAGGGUUGCACUGGUGAGGGCCUUCUGGCUGUGCCACGGCGGAUGGGAAGAGUGAGGGCUGGCCUCACUCUCUCAGCAAAUCAGUGACUCCACCUUCAAGAUCCAGCUCCUGAGCGUCCCACCUAUCAACACCAUGGCAUCCGGGAUUCUCUGCGCUCCCUGCAGAUGCAUAUUGGGGCACAUUCGACACAGAGUUACCCAGUCAUGGACAGUUCACUUUGGUAGCAAAACGAUCAUUCAACCAGUGAUGAGAGUCAGGAUAAAAAGUCAUGACCGAAAGGCCGUGGGAAUUGGCAGAUGAGAAGCCUUUCCUCUGAAGGUGGUGACAGACAAGCUGUUGUCUCUGCGCUGCUGUCACCAUCUGUAUUAGUAAGACCCUGGGUGAGUGGCAUUUGUUCUUCACUUGUUCCUGACUGGCCCACACCACCCCCAUUCUUCGGUCUUAUCUGGGCUUGCAUGAGCCCACCUGCCCUGUGAGGAUCACUUGGGGAGUUGGCAACAUGGCUGAGACCCUUAGCUUCUGUCUCAAUGCGCUGUCUUCCAGGUCUCUUCUCCUGGGUGUCCGAAGAGACACUUAGCUUCUGUCUUCCAUAUCUCUUCUCCUGGGUGUCUGUAACCUCACUAGCAGGGAGGCUGGGCCUUUUUGUGUCCCCUAGGGCUUAAAGGCAGAAGUGUCCUUCUUCAGAUUCAGGCCUGGAAUUACCAUGGCUUCUUCCAUGGCUCUCUGUGUGGGAAUCAGACUUAUCCUGAGGUGUUUAGUGGAGGUGCCAUGCUCUGGGGCCACCAGUCUGUCAGAUGGCCUCAGACCGUGCUGUGGGUGAAGCAAGUGGCUAUAGUUAGCAAGAACCCAGGCUGCUUAUAGUAGCUGGUGUAAACUGUGGGUCAGAUGAGAAAUGUAGAGCCCAUUCUAGAAGCUUCUGAGCCAAUUUUUCUGGCACCACACAUGUGUUGCACUACCCUUACCUGAAGACCUGGUGUGGUAAGGGUGUGAGUGUUUGGGAACGAAUGGAAGCUUGUUCCUGAAGCCCUGCAGAUGAGUGAAGGUGAUGCUUCGUUGGGCCUUGGCUGAGCGUGAAGAGUGGCAGUCCUGGCCGGGCCUCCUGUCAGGUCUGGUCAGCCGCUUGUGCUCUCACCAGGCAGCAGGAUUUGCUAAUGUUCUGCCAUAAGUGCCUUCUCCAGAGACACCCCGUCUGCCUGCGUGCUGAUCGCUGAGAGCAUGUUUCAAUGAAAGCAUUCAGAUAUUGAUGCUCAUGACAUACAGUGGCACAGCCUCCACUCACAUUCCUGAAAGGAAGGACUGGACCCUGCCUUGCACUCAUUCCUUUCUGAGGCUUCCCAUUCCCUGGCAGCCUGAGGUGGUUGGGCAGUACAGGGCCCCCAUUUUCUUAGAGCAUGUGUGUUGAUCCUUGGCCCCUUCUCCACUGGACUCAUUGCUUCAGAGCACAGCGUGGCCUGGCUGUGUUCCCUCAUCAGGGGAACACGGGGACUGCUACCUUCUCACAAGCCUGUGACGAUCAGGAUCCCAAAUCCUAUUUUGUAGCACAUUGUCACAAUGAAUGGUGUUGGGGAUGAUGGUAAUAUCUAGACUCUGGACUCUGGGGACAACGUCUCUCACCAGCACACACAGGUUGGCUGUCUAGCUGAUCUACUGAGUUAACGUCUCUGCCUGCAGCUCAAGAUCCCGGAGCAGACUUGUUCUUAGCCCACUGUGUUCAGUACAGCAUGUGGUUUCCUUUGGCUCCCAGAAGCCACCCAGUUGUCAUGCCAGUAAGGGAACAGAUUCCUAUGAGUCCCUGGGUCUCCUGGAUCUGUCAAGUGUGGUGGGUGCAGUGUCUCAGGAGAGGGUGCUCUGUGUUGGAGGCAGGUGCAGUGUCUGGGAAGGUAUUGGAGGUGUGGAUUUGAAACAGUGGGAAUGAAAGUUGCAGAAGUGGUUCGUGGGCAAGUUGGAGAGCAGACUAGAUGUGACACACAUGGUCCCCUCACUGCUGAGCCUUUUAAAUUAGAAACAUAGGAUUUUAUAUAUGGGGGAAAAUUGUCUAGCACAUGGUAUUGGGGUUUCUAGAAAGCCACACUUAAGUCUUAGUAAGAAGGCUUGCCACACUGGUGUGCGGCCCUAGUGAUGCCCCAGGUUGCCUCUGCCAUCAUAGUCGGUGCCUUUCUGAUGGCGAAAUUGGGGUUAGAAAAGACUGUUGGGUGUUGUCAGCUAUGUUCUUACAGAGCUGGUGGCCUUCAAUGACUUUGAAUUGGUCAGGGUUAUUUCUAGUGUGUUUUCUGGGAAUUCAAGAACAUAAGCGUUGUUUUCCUGUGCCAGGACUGAGGCAGGUGCACUUGUGAGGUGUUCUGUAGAUUCGUGAUCCUUAGGGAAACAGACUGCAGGCAGAAGUGCAAGCCCAGUGCAGGCUUUGCUCCUGUCGGUUGUCAGGGUCGCUUUACAGCAACAGUCGUCCUGGUUUCAGAUGCCUUCCUUAGGGCAUCUGUGCUAGUCUGCCAUUCACUGAACCUUUCCCCCUUUUGGAAAGAAGCUCCUGAGUAGAGUUCAUUGUGUCUCCCAUCACUAGCAGCUGCUGCUCUUUCUGGGUGGGUCAGACACAAGUGAGAGCAAAGAGCAGUUGCUGUUGGUGCUGUAGAACUUGGCUGCGCAUCAAACUCAUUUACCAGUGUUCCUCCUAAACCUAAAUCAUAGGAUUAAUAAUUUGCCUGUUUAUUUAUGACCUAAUUUUGACUCCUAUUAAUAAAAGCUAAUGGGAAAGGCCCCUCCCUGAGGCUGAUGACUAGACUCACGUUUAACUUCCCUACAGCAUUAUGAAGCACCAGGCAGAGUAUUAAAGAAAUAUAAUAUUUUAUUGAAAAUUCUGUCCUUUAAAAGGAACAUGUUUUUGGGUGUCAUCAUUUUGGUAAGUGUUGGCUGUUUGCUGUUUAUUACACUAUAGUGGCAGGAGAUGCACUCAGCUGCCGUUCUGCCCACACCAUGUAGUCUGUGAUUCUUUUUUAAGUGACUUUAACAGAAUAGUUCCUGUAGGGAAACCUCAGAGGUCAUCACCUCCCCACCUGUGUCAUGAGUGUCAAGCUGCUUUCUGAGCUGAAGUCAUCAAGAGUGUAUCUGCAUACAGAGGCAGUGUAUUUGUGAGUUGUCUGGAACUAAAAAAUAGAAUACAACAUUUUCUUGUAUUACA